GAGUCCUCCCAGCCGCCAGGGCGAGGGUGCUGGUCCUCCCAGCCGCCAGGGCGAGGGUGCUGGUCCUCCCAGCCGCCAGGGGGAGGGUGCUGGUCCUCCCAGCCGCUAGGGUGCUGGUGCUGAUGCUGGUGCCCCCGGCACCGGAGUGGCGCCUCUCGGCGGAAUCCCGUCGCUUGUUUAAAGAACUGUUGACGGCGGCGGCGGCGGCUCCUCCCGGGCCCGGCCCAGCGCAGCGCAGCCCAGCCUGGCGGGCGACACGGCCUGACCUGCUGAAUGUUUCCAGCAUUUUCAGACAGGACGCAGUCUGCUUGUUUACCCCAUCUCUACCUCAAGACUGCAUUGAACAUUUCCACUCAAUUCAGGACAACACCCAGUGAACUCACUUAACUUCUCAAGGGCAGUUGGGAAUAGACAAAAAUCUUGUCCCUGCCACCAAUGUGCAGGUGCUGAGAAUGCAAGCAAAAUAAAUGACUUGUGAUGUUCUUGCCAGUGAAACAAGGUGCUUUUGGUAUUAACUCAUUUUACAAGUUUAAAAAUUCUGGUUAAGUGGAAAUAUUCAGAUGUCGAGGCAACUGAUGUACCCCCUUGAUGAAAUAAGGCAUCUCAGAGUCUUAGACUACAGGUUAGCUGAAGGCAUGUGCAAACUUGAUGCAUGGUUUAGGAAGUUACAGAAUUCUUGUUUAAUGAUAUCCUUUUCCCACACCUAAUCCAGUAGAUUUUUCCAAUAACCUAGUGCAUUGCAUCUGCUUUUGGACAAGCUGAUUGGGCUGUGUUUUUAUUUUUUUGUUUGGUUUGUCACUUUCAUUUUGUCUCCAAUCACUUGUGUCCAUAUAAAAAGUAUCAUUAACAAAUGAACCAUAAUGUUCUUUUAUUCAUGUAUUUUUCUGCCUUGAAGAUGGUCCUUAAAAACCUCCUUCUUUGACCAAGUAUUUGACUGAAUGCCCUUUGGCUUAGAAUCAGUUGUGUGCCUGGUGUUGCCUUGGGAUAUUUAAAAUUUUUAAGAUUCCAUGUAAAUGUAAGUGUUGUCAUUUUUUUACUUAAAAUCAAGACAGUGGAACUAUUAAGUCACAUAUUGGAGUGAAGAAAAAUGCCACAGAUGGUUGUGGAGGCCAAGUCAAUGGAUAUUUUUAGGGAGAUUGACAGAUUCUUGAUUAGUUCGGGUGUCGGGGGUUAUGGGGCGAAGGCAGGAGAGGGAAAGAUAGAUCAGCCAUGAUUGAAUGGUGGAGUAGACUCGAUGGGCCGAAUGGCCUCAUUCUGCUCCGAGAACUUAUGAAGAGCUACACAAGGCAGUCUAAGAAUGUUAUAUUUGCAGUAUCUUGCAUUGUAACUGAUACUGCUGUCUUCAUUUGCAGGCUUUUCUUUGCGCAAGUUAUCUUUGAAAUGUGAACAGCAACGUGCUGUGUGGGCCAGUGGAUUUGAGAUUAGCGGAGGUUUUCAGAAACAUUUGAAAGAAUGGGUAUGAGAAUUAAACUACACAGUGCUGACCACCCUAAUAAUCUUCUGAAGGAACUCAACAAGUUUAGGCUUUCCGAAAUCAUGUGUGAUGUAAUCAUCGUGGUGGGCAACCGGACGUUUUCAGCCCACAAGUCUGUGUUGGCAUGCGCUGCCGGUUACUUCCAGAAGCUCUUUCUCAACUCCGAGGUGAACUCCGUCAGAACAUAUGUGGUAGACUUCAUCACACCAUCCAACUUUGAAAGGAUCUUGAACUUUAUUUACACCGCAGAGCUUUUCACAGAUCUCAUCAACGUGGGCGUCAUCUACGAGAUGGCAGAGAAGCUGGGAAUGCAGGAUCUGCUGAAGGCUUGUUACUCCACAUUCCCCGACUUGGAAAAAACACAAUCGAGCAAAGUGGGAGAACGGCCAGCGGAAGACUACGCGCUUCUCCCCCUGCCCUCCAAUGAACAAAACCCGCCCAGGGGAAACUCGAGGACCACAGCAUCGCAGUUUUGUCAAAAUCGAGGUUACAUCAUGCAGGUGGAGGUGGCAGAGGGGUUCAAGAGUGAAGAAAGAAAUCCCACCAGUGAAAAUGGACCCUCUGUGAUGUACCAGCAAUCAACAAAAACUGAAGAUAGCCUGAAGAUGGAAUACAGCCAGCCCACAUCCACUGAGAGUGUUCCCCUGACCACCAACAAAACCCCUUGUGAGCUGUAUGGGAUUCAAAGUAAUGGAUAUUAUCAGACCAAUUUACUGAUGGCUGGAGAAUCUCUGAAAGAAGGUGGAAACAAUGUUGACCUCCAAGAUCAUUCACUGAAGGAAAUGGAAUGCAUGCAGUUUGAAGGUAUUGAAGCGGAUGGCCUUAAUUUUGAUGAGCACCAGGAGAGUAGGGGUGCUUCGGAAGAGGUAAUAGAGCUGACAGAUGACAGUGAAGAUGACAGUCUGGUGUGUGUCAAGGACUGCAACACUGAAGGCAAGAGCAUGCCGUGCCAGGUGUGUGGCAAGGAGUUACCGGCUAACAUCGCAGUGAUUCGGCAGCAUGGCAAACUCCACAUUGAUGCCAAGGAGGGGCUGUGCAGAGUGUGUGGCACAAAGUUCACUGACAGGAGCUCUCGAAUCACCCACGUUUUGUCUCACGUUGGAAUUUUCCUCUUCUCGUGUGAUAUGUGUGAAAUGAAGUUUGUGACACAGUGGCAAGUGGCUGGACACAGGAAAGCCAAACCAUAUGAUACUAACAUUAUUGUGCAGCCCAAUGCCAUGCUCCCAUCUGAGCCCAAUUUUGGGGGCUCUCCAACGGAACUCUUCUGUGCAGUCUGUGGAAAGGCCAUGGCUAAAGACUAUCUCGCUGUGAAAGAGCACAUUCUUUCUCACCUCGACAUGAAAAGCCUUUCCUGCUGCGUCUGCGAGCAGCCUUCGAGAUCUGUCUGUAGCCUGAUGUGGCAUGUUUUGUCCCAUAUGAAUAUAUCUAUUUUUUCCUGUUCUGUAUGUGGUAAUAGCUUUGUAGAUCGAACAAUUCUAGAGCAACACAUGGCCUCACAUCAGGGUAUGAAAUAUUUAUUUGAAUGUCAUUUUUGCAGUAGAAAAUUCCGACUGGAGGCUUCUUAUCAAAACCACGUGAAGAUCCACAAGAGGCAUAACUCGGACAAUGCAAAGGGUGUUACUGCUCAACAUCAGUGGCUCAAAAAGACUUUAACGACGUCACUGUCAGACGAGUCUACGAGUGAUGGCCAUGUGGCCACUCUACAGCAGGAGAACCUUCUCUCCCUUCCCUUAAACCACGGCAAGACCACCUGCAAAGGGAACUGGUACGAAUGUGAGUUUUGCAGGAAGAGGUUUUCUCAUUCCAGUGAGUUUCAGUAUCACCUACGAAUUCACUCGGGGGAGAAGCCCUAUGAAUGUAAGCUGUGCCACAAGUUCUUCAGGGGACGAUCGACUGUCAAAAACCACCUAAAGACUCAUUCCGGAGCCCUCAUGUACUGCUGCACGGUGUGCCAGAGGUACUGUCCCACCCUCAACCUUAUGAUUAAGCAUGUGGAGAUGCACAAGGAUGGAGGCCUGCCUCCUGAUUUUAACAUUGCACAGACUUUUAUGUACAUUGUACAUUCCAAACAGUCAGUAAAAAUGAUGGACUAAUCUUUUAUUUUGAAAGGAAACAGACCCAAUGUCGGUUUGACAAACUGUAUUCUGAAUUAGACAUCAAAUAAAUUCUCACUUUAAUGCACAGUA